AUGGAAGCUUCCCCGCAUUCACUUGCACGACAAAGCCAGUAUCUCGAACAAAGAUCAGCUGUUCUCUCUACCUUCACACAUCAUGGCCGCCGAUCGUUUAAGCUCACUCCUGAGCCACCUCAAGCCCGGUGCCACCAGCGGCCUCGCAGCUAUGCAAGUCUUCCGACGAGGUCAGAGUUAUGCUACAUCAGUCUAACACGCAAAUACAGUACACAGAAGAACCCCGAUGACGUGGUCAUCACCCUAGCAAUCCGCACACCUCUGACCAAGGCACGCAAGGGUGGGUUCAAGGACACCGAACUGGACUACAUGCUCUACGCGCUGCUGAAGGAGACUCUGGCCAAGUCCCAGAUCGACCCAGCUCUGAUCGAGGAUGUCUGCCUCGGGAAUGUCAACGAAGUCAAAGCCGCCUACAUGGUCCGCGCCGCAGCUCUUGCCGCCGGCAUCCCCCACACAGCCGGCGCCUCUACAGUGAACCGAUUCUGUUCAUCUGGACUGAAAGCUGUACAGGAUAUCGCAAACCAGAUCCAGCUGGGCGCCAUCGACAUCGGUGUCGCUAUGGGUGCCGAGCUGAUGUCCGCCGCUAGCGACCGGCUGGAGCAGCCGUUCAAUGAGGAGGUUCUGCGCAACCAGGAGGCCGCCGACUGUAUGCAGCCCAUGGGUCAGACGUCCGAGAACGUCGGUAAGGACUUCACUAUCUCCCGCGAGCAGCAGGACCGAUUUGCCGCUGAAUCGUUCCGUCGUGCCGAGGCUGCCCAGAGUAAUGGCUGGCUCGAUGAUGAGAUUGUUCCUAUCACUGUCAAGGUUAAGGACCCUAAGACGGGCGAGGUUAAGCAAGUGACUCUUUCUCGGGAUGAUGGGAUUCGUCCGGGUACGACUUUCGAGUCGCUUUCUAAGAUUCGCCCUGCGUUCCCGCAGUUCGGUGACAAGUCCACUGGUGGGAACUCCAGCCAGGUGACCGAUGGUGCCGCAUCUGUUCUUCUCAUGCGCCGCUCCAAGGCAAUUGAGCUGAACCAGCCGAUUCUUGCUAAAUUCUGUGGCGCUACCGUUGCCGGUGUGCCCCCUCGCGUGAUGGGUAUCGGCCCAACUGCUGCCAUCCCCAAGCUGCUGAGCAAGUUCCAGCUUGACAAGAAUGAUGUCGAUAUCUAUGAGAUCAACGAGGCUUUUGCCUCCAUGGCGGUCUACUGUAUCCAGAACCUUGGCCUUGACCACGCCAAGGUCAACCCUCGUGGCGGUGCUAUUGCUAUUGGUCACCCACUUGGCGCAACAGGUGCGCGCCAGAUCGCGACUGUUCUGAGCGAGGCUCGCCGGACAAAGAGUAAGAUUCUGGUCACUUCCAUGUGUAUUGGAACUGGACAGGGCAUGGCUGGUCUCUUUGUCAACGAGCAGUUGUAA